GAAGGCUGACGUCUGCACAGUCACCUCUGCGACUCCGUUCAGCGUCACUAAAGUGUAAUAAUGCGAGACAUUGUGCUAUAGGUGGUGAUGUAGGGUCACAAAACAAUAUACAGUCGGUUCAUUUCUCACCUGGGGAAGCAGGAAGAGGAAGACUGCGGCUCAUGGCUGUGAUUUUAGUCGCUUUCAUAUUGGCGUGCACUGUUGAAUGGGACAAGACUUUCCUCGCCGCCGCUCAGCCCUGCGUGAAUGAGAGCAGGUUUAAGGAGCAGGUGCUCUAUGUGGGGCAGCAGGGGCCUCCCUAUAGACUGACCUGCCCUGUGGAGCUUGUUCAGCCCCUGAGCUCCCCCCGGCUCAAUCUGACCUGGCGGAAGGACUGUCAGCUGCUCCUCGGCCAGGAAGGGAAGCCCUACCUCGAGUUUGCCAGCCUCAGCUUGGAAAACCAAGGGAAUUACACCUGUACACAACAGGGCAACAGCACAUCCUCAUUCACUGUGCGCCUCAUAGUUAAAGAGUCCCAGUGCAGCAAAGCCCCACAGUUUAAACCUGAUGGGGGUGUGACCAGACUCUGGAAGAAUGUGGGAUCCACCGCACAGCUGAACUGCACUGCUCUCCUCCUCCUGGAUCCAAACGAGGGGCAAUGUGACACCACACUGCAGUGGAGUAAAGAUGGCCAACCCCUCACCAAUCACACACUUUACACACAGAAUACCUCCUCAUGGUCUCCUGUUGCUGGCCAGCUGAUGGUAAACAGUCUGCUGGUGGUCACCCUCAGGGAGCAGAGCGAUUUUGGGCUCUACAGCUGCACAGUGAGAAACAUGUCCUCUGAUUUCAGCCUACACAAUUCAGACGGCCCCAGCCACACCGCUGCUGUUAUUGCAGCCAUCAUCCUCCUCCUCUCCCUGGCUAUAGCUGCUGUUGUGUACUCCAGGUGUCACCUGAAUAUCAAACUCUGGUACAGGAACUCCUACGGAGACUAUGAGCUCAAUGAUGGUAAAUUAUAUGAUGCCUAUAUCUCCUAUGUGAACAAUGAUCAUGAUAGGAAGUUUGUCAACUUUAUUCUCAAACCUCACCUGGAGAAUAAAAAUGCGUACAAGGUGCAUCUCAAUGACAACGAAAUCCUACCUGGCUCAGAACCUUCUGCGGAGCUGCUAAUGAACAUGAGUCGCUCUCGCCGGCUCAUCGUGUUGCUCACUUAUGCUUACCUUGAGCAGGACUGGUGCUCCAAUAACUUCAGACAGGGCCUUCAGCACUUGUUGGAGUUAUGUCCGCGUCCCAUCCUCAUCAUGCUGGAGGGUCAGCACAAACGCAUGAGACCUGAGAUCAAGCAGCAGCUCGGCGACCACGAGCACUGCCUCACUAUACUCACCUGGAGGCACAACUCUGUGACUCCCUCCUCAGCCUUCUGGAAGGAGCUGGCCUUAGCGAUGCCCCGCAGAGUCGUCUUCCACAGUGAGUCUGCAGGUGACCCUCAGACCAUGUUGCACGAUGACAAGGACCCCAUGCUGACCCUCAACCCCGACUACCUGGACUGCCGCUCAGACACUGACCCUGCUGGAGAUCUGGGGCUUCGCGUCCCUGUGUACAAGGCUCUGGCCUGUAAAGCUCCCGUCCUCCCUGCCACUCCCAUCACGGCGCCUGAGCCUAAACCCUCGGACAUCGACGUGUCAGACCUGGGAUUACGCAACUACGGAGCCCGGUCAGACUUCUACUGCCUCGUCACUGAGGAGGACAUGUAAGCCACACUUCCCUCACUCCUGCUGCCCACAUGGAGAUUUCUUCAGCGCAGCUUUAUAAGAAUCCAUGUCUAUAUGGAAAAUUCUUGUUUCUUUUCUGUACAGUGUGUUGUUAAAAUCAAAGUGUUACAUUUUUCUGCUUCCACUUACCAAAGACUUCAAUUUUUGUGUUUUUUACUGUUGUCUGAUAUAUUUUAUGAGAAAUUGUACAAGAAAUUCUAUGAAAUAUUUGUGUCAAUCAGGGGAAUAAAUAAUUUACUGUAUGUA